GGACAAAACAUCAGAGAUAAUCUGAUGUCGAGGGUGGCAGUGAUGUGGGGAACCUGGGAAGACUAUUCUGUCCAAUAGUAGAACCCAGUACAAACCCAGUCCGGCACCAGGAGGGCGUGAGCCUUAUCUCCUCAAGUCUCUACCCCUGGCAGCGACUGUGACUGAAGCUUCAUGGCCCUGUCAGCUUCUGAAAACCUCCCUCCUCUUUAGCCCCUUCUACCCAGCAACAGCUAGGUCAGCUCUCCGACUUCUCUGAUUGGCUGACCCAGCCCUUAUUUUUUGAAUCCGUGUAGUCAGGAUAGGAAGCCCCGUUUCAGGGUUUCACCUGUCCACAUUCUGCCUCGGUUCAUCACUGUCCUGUGAUCACAGUCUUCAGCUGUAGAUCCCCAACCUGAGCUCUGAGGAGAGAAUGUUCCAGACGAAAGCCGAGGUCCUGAGAGCCUCCUUCCUGGCUUUCCUGCUGAGUCUCCCAGGAUCUGGGGCCAUCAAAGCGGACCACGUAGCCAUGUAUGACAUCUUUGCACAGACGCAGAAGCCGUCGGGCGACUGCAUGUAUGAGUUUGACGGCGAUGAGCAGUUCUAUGUGGAUCUUGACAGGGAGGAGACGGUCUGGGGCCUGCAGGAGUUCAGCACGGUCUACGCCUUUGACGCCCAGGAGGCUCUGCCCUACAUCGUCAGCCUGAAGAACAAUCUCAGAGCCUUGAUCCAGAGACACAACGUCACCCAGGUCCCCAGUGAGCCUCCUGAGGUGGCAGUGUUCCCCAAGAACCCAGUGGAGCUGGGCCAGCCCAACGUCCUCAUCUGCCACAUCGACAGGUUCUUCCCCCCAGUGCUCAACGUCACAUGGCUUCGUAACGGGCAGCUGGUCACUGAAGGGACUUCUGAGACAGUCUUUCUGCCCAGCACAGAACUCAGAUUCCACAAGUUCCACUACCUGACCUUCGUUCCCACCGCCGAGGACGUGUAUGACUGCAAGGUGGAGCACUGGGGCCUGGGCGAGCCGAGGCUCAGCCACUGGGAAGUGCAGGAGUCGGUCCAGGUGACGGAGACGAUGGAGACUGCAGUCUGUGCUCUGGGCCUGGUGGUGGGGCUGGUGGGCAUCACCAUUGGCAGCGUGCUCAUCGUAAGGGCUCUACUCCAGCCAUGACCCCUGGACCCAGGGACCCCUGGGAGUAACUGUGGAGGUGGGGAUGCUAGGGUGCAGUCAGAGGACAGAAGAGGGAGUCCACACCGGCUGUCCAGGCAGGAGGGAACACAGAUGAAGUGGACACAGAUCUCUCCGGGGUUAGCGGGCAGAGCUAUGUGAGACGACCCGGAGAACCCAAGGCUGGGACACUACCCUGAGCAUCUGACUUACAGCCCAAUGUUAUCCCUCCUCUACGUGAUGGUACUAACGUCACUGGGGUUUGACGCUGGAGAGAUGCUUACAGCGUUGAUGUGCACAAGCAUUAACCACCUUCACCAAGGCCACACAGACUGCCUGGAUCCCAAACAGCUUCACCACUGUCCUCUGCUCCCUCUUAGGAAGAAAGAGACCGAGUUCAACCACAGUCUAGUCUUGGAUCCAGUCUGUCCUGCGCAUGCGCACAUUUAUAGGAUGCUGGGAUCGGGGCUGAUACACAGCUUCUCAUCUCUCCUUGGACCCACUGAUGGCAAAGCUCACAUAAAUUCCCUUAUGGCCUUGCAUUUAUCAAAAUCCUUAUAUUUCACAUACUUAUGUUUUUAAAUUCUCCCACUGGAUGGUGAUCUCUCCAUGAUGAUGGCGCCUCUCACUCACCUUCACUGUUACUGUUAUCCACUGUAACCUUGUUGUUGUUAUUGUUACUAUAACCUCAGGGCCAAGGUUAAAUCGCCAGUCCACUGUCAGGGCACCCUCUUCUGACUCCUCUGUUUGCUCCUCUGUUCCCUUACUCCCGGGACUAACCUCUUCCCCGACACCAUAUGUAAACGCACUCAUGUAUUCAGUGAGUUUCCAUUACAUACGGUUACUGCGUGCAAUGUGCGUAAGUAUUCACUGUCCCUGCAGCUUUGGUGAGCUCAGAAGGUUCCCACUCCAUGUCUGAUUUGAACCUUUAGUCCGUUGCUUUCAAUUGUUCAGUGUGGUCCUACUCUAGCCGUCCGUCUCUACGCCCUCUGGGAUACCCGGGCUGUGUCCCAUUACCUUUCACAAUUCUCACAUGGACGUGCAUCUCUGGGAUGCAUGGACCCCAGGAAGCAGGUGCAGGGAGCUGGGCACGCAGCCCCUUCCCUUGACUGUGUGCUGCCCAUCCAUCGCCACAGCAGUGUUGACCUCAGUUCCCAGUCUCCUGCAGCGUCCACAGCCACGUCCACCCCGGCCCUGUCCAGUCUCCUGCAGCGUCCACAGCCAUGUCCACCCCGGCCCUGUCCAAUCUCCUUUAGUGUCCACAGCCACGUCCACCCCGGCCCUGUCCAGUCUCCUUCAGUGUCCACAGCCACGUCCACCCCGGCCCUGUCCAGUCUCCUGCAGCAUCCACAGCCACGUCCACCCAAGUCCUGUCCCUUCUC